CCUCCCUACCUUACUCUUAACUAUUCAUACAACCGGGCCGGAGAAUCCAAAAAUCCGGCCACGGCUCGGACGAGAACGGGACCAAUCCUGAUUUAACCACGCUUGGUCGAACCUCAUACUGCAGCUACCAGACAGCAUCCGUUUCCCUCGCAAUGGCUUCCCGAGUGCUUUUCCAACGCCGCACUCUCGCGCCAUUGGCCUCCCUCGCCCUCGGCGGCAUGGCUCUGGUCCCGGCCACCGUCAUGGCUGAAGAGCCCGUCAACCUCAGGAAGCCCAUCUACGACGAGUUCGAGGCCGAUCCUACCGUCGCCACGCUGCAGCCGCCUACCCCUUCGAGCGGCGCCGUCGAAAAGGCCGCGCACGAGAUCGUCGACAAGGUCGAAAAGGUCAAGAAGAACAGAGGCCCGACACCCACCGACCGCCUGGCCGUCGAGAUUGGCAAGGCCCGCAUGUUCUUGUACCGCUGCGCCGUGUCUGCCGAGGACAAGGUCAACGAGACCAUGGACUGCGCCUUUAACCUCGAGCAGUCGUUUACGUCGACGCUCGCGUCGCUAGCCCCUGCUCGCGAGUCGGGCGAGAAGCUCAUGCCCGGCGCCAUCUACGUCUUGGUUGCCGCCAUGGCCGGCAGCAUCAUCACUCGCAGGAGCAACAUCCUGCUGCGUGCCACGGCGCCGCUCGCCCUCGGUGUCGGUGCUGGCUGGACUGUCCUCCCCGUCACGAUGCGCAAUGUCUCGGACCUCACAUGGAAGUACGAGCAGCGCUUCCCUGCUGUUGCUGAUACGCAUCUUAAGAUCCGCGAUGGAUUGCUCAAGGGCGUCAGCUUCGCCAAGGUCCACACUCAGCUCGGCGUACGCUACGUCGAUGAAAAGGUCACAGAUGCCAGAGAAACCGUGGAGGGUUGGGUACAACAAGGAAAAUAGACUGUUGAAGAGAGAGGUAGCGGUGGUGAAAUAGCGGUGGGAGCUGUACGAUCAAAAACAUAGAGUCUUUACACUUUUUUACUUUAUUUUAUUUUGUCUCAUCUUAUGACAUAUCUAUAUGUUCAACGAAACACCAAAAAGUAGAGA